CAAGUGUGGAGAGCAUUGCAUGUGCAUGUGUUGUGUAUUUGUUUGUCGUUAUAUGUGAACUGUGAAGUGAAAAGGCUUUUAUAAUUUUGAAGUUGAAUUUCAUAAUAAUUUAUUUUUUUAGGAAGAGAAAAUUUUCAUAUGAGUUUUCAUGGAAUCAAGAGGUAAGAGUUGGAAACGUGAGCGAGAAGAGCGUGGUCGCAAACAGGCUAUACAGCAGGAUGGCAAUGGAAAGAAAGAUGCAGGAGAAGUAUAUUAUGAAGCUGAAGCAGAUAAAAAGAACAAUAAAUUUGAUCCUAAAAACAAUGUUGUUGAAUCUGGAGAGAAAAUUCAAGAACAAGCAGUUGAAGAGAAAGAUACUGUUGAUACAGUUUCAGAAGAGCAGAGACAAGAACUGCAACAAUAUAUUAAGGAACUUGCAGAAAAAUUAAGAUUAAAAGCUGAGCUAAGGGCUAUCAAUAUUAAUGCUGAAAAUAUACGUCCUGAGGAGUCUUUCUUUAGUAAACUUGAUUCUAGUCUUAAAAAAAAUACGGCUUUUAUCAAGCGUUUGAGGAACAUGACUGAAAUGCAGAGAGAUUCUCUGAUAAAGGAUAUGGAGGGUCUCAACCUUACAAAAUACAUAAGUGAAGCUGCUGCUGCUAUUGUUGAUGCAAAACUCAAAAUGUCAGAUGUGAGCACAGCAGUCCAAGUUUGUUCCUUGCUGCACCGCCGAUAUGCUGAUUUCUCUGCACAACUUUUAGAACAUUGGCAAAAGGUUUUACCAAUGAAAAAAGAUGAGAAAAUUUCAAACCCAAGUAAAAUUCGUGUGGAUCUUCGCUUUUAUGCUGAGUUAGUAUCGUCUGGUAUCUUCCCUUUGAAAGAAGGUCUGCCAUUAUUAGGCAACUUGUUGACUGUUCUGACUGUAUCAGACAGAGAAGAGCAUUCCAAUGUUGGAAUUGUUCUGAGCUUCUGUAGACAUUGCGGAGAAGACUAUACUGGCAUAGUCCCACGAAAAUAUCGCCUCUUGAGUGAAAAAUAUCAAAUGGAGCUGCCUAAAAGUGAUUUUCUUCUUCCUGAUCGACAAAAAGGUCUUCGCUGCUUGUUGAAAGAAUAUUUUAAGUCACUUUGUAGACAUCUUGUCAAGGAUUAUAAAGCACUAGAAAAUAUGGAGAAGCAGAAUCUUAGAAUAUUGCAGACCAAAGGAGAGCUGAGUACUGAUCGAAAGGAAAAGUUUGAAGCAGCACAAACUGCAUUUCAAAAGCUCCUCUCCAAUACAGAACAGUUUGCUGAUAUAGUUGAUGAAGAUAUGCCUCACCUUCCAAAAGAUGAAAGCUUUCCACAAGACAGUGAAACCACAACUCUUGAUGUUCAUAAUCGUUUUAAGGAUCGAGAAAUGCUUGAUGGGUCUUUGUCAGUAUGGGAGGAUGAUGAUACAAGGAGUUUCUAUGAAAAUUUACCAGACCUUAAGGCAUUUAUUCCUGGAAUUUUGUUUAAGGACAGUUCACAGCCAGUUCCUCAGAAUCAAACAGAAGCUGUAGAAAAGUUAGAAGAAGAUUUGAGUCAGUUGGAGAUUGAAGAAUCAGAACUUCUAGAAACGGAAACAAAAGAAGAGGUGAAAGAAUCAUCCAAAGCUGAUGACAAAGACCUCACAGAAACUUUGAUGCAAGAGAUGGAUGAAACAGAAGAAGAAGCUGCUGCCACCAAUACAGCUAAUAAAGUACUUCUUGAUCAUUUUUUGAAUUCCUUGCUAAAUUGUGUCAAUCGUGAGAUGAUUGAUCAGGCUGCUGUUGAUUUCUGUAUGAAUUUGAAUACAAGACCCAACCGAAAAAAGCUUGUUAAAGCUCUGUUUUUAGUGCCUCGUACCAGGUUGGAUUUAUUGCCCUUUUAUGCUCGUUUUGUUGCAACUUUAAACCCUUGUAUGCCUGAUGUUGCUUCUGACUUGGUGUCAAUGCUCAAGCAAGAUUUUAAAUUCCAUAUCAAGAAAAAAGAUCAAAUUAAUAUUGAAUCCAAAGUUAAAACAGUUCGAUUCAUUGGGGAAUUGGUGAAAUUCAAAGUUUUUCCUAAGACAGAAGCUUUGUAUUGUUUAAAAUUGCUCCUGUGUGAUUUCAUUCAUCAUCAUGUGGAAAUGGCAUGCAACCUGCUGGAGACAUGUGGUCGCUUUCUUUUCCAGGCUCCUGAUUCCCAUCAAAGGAUAAAGGUACUUCUGGAACAAAUGAUGCGCAAGAAAGCUGUUCUUUCUAUUGACAGCCGUUAUACUACUAUGAUAGAAAAUGCAUUCUACUAUUGUAAUCCUCCAGAAGUUGCACCUACUGUGAAGGUAGAACGUCCUCCUAUGCAUGAGUAUAUACGGAAACUACUUUAUCAGGAUCUUGCCAAAACCAUCAAUGACAAGACUUCUGAGAAGCAAUCUUCAUCAGCUCGUGUUCUCCGUCAGAUGCGCAAGCUGCAUUGGGAGGAUGAAGAUACAGCUGCUUAUAUCACUAAGUGCCUCAUUGCUGUAUGGAAUGUCAAGUAUUUCAACAUCCGAUGUCUCGCCAACCUGUUAGCUGGACUAGUAGCCUAUCAGGAAAAUGUUGGAUCUCAAGUAGUGGAUGGUGUUUUGGAAGAUAUCAGAUUUGGCUUGGAGAUUAAUCAUCCCAAAUAUAAUCAACGGCGUAUUGCAAUGGUUCGAUAUCUUGGAGAGCUGUAUAACUAUCGUAUGGUAGAAUCUACUGUCAUUUUCCGAGUCCUUUACAUGUUUAUUCUUUAUGGUGUGAAUUAUGAUGGUACUUUUUCUGAACUGGAUCCACCUGAUUGCUUAUUUCGUAUUCGAUUAGUGACUACUCUCUUAGAUACAUGUGGUCAAUAUUUCAACAGUGGCUCAAGCAAAAGGAAACUUGACUAUUUCCUAAUUUUCUUUCAGAGAUAUUAUUGGCACAAACGAUCAGCAGAUAUAUAUAAUGAGGACUACCCUUUUCCGGUGCAAGUGAGAUUCAGUAUAGAAGAUACUAUUGCCAAUCUCAGGCCAAAGUUGAAGCUGUAUGAGAGUUUAGAAGAAGCAGAAAAAGCUGUUAUGGAUGCUCUGGAAGAGCUUAAACCUAAGUAUGUGGAAAUGUACCCUGAGCUUGUGAAUGAGGAUGUGGAUAAAAAGAAAUCCCAACAACCUAUAGGUGAUGAUGACAGCCUUUGCCCCAUUGAGGAAGAAGAUGAAGAAUAUGAGGAUGAUGCUCAAAGUGAGGCAAGCAUACAAGAUGGGGAGACAGAAGGAGAUACAGAUGGAUAUAGUGGAAGCCAAAGUCAGCCAUUUGAAGAUGAUGGAGAAGGAGGAGGGAGGCAGGGCACAUCAUUGAGUGAUGCAGAUAAUGAUCCUGUUUAUGAUGGAGAAGCUCCGGUUGUGAAAUCUUCAGCACAAGCUGCUCAUUGUGCUGAAGAUGAUGAUUUCAUGGCAGCUUUUGAUAAGAUGUUGUCUGACAGCAUACUGCAUCGCAACCAGGAAUCUGUGAAACCCCAGGUAGACAUAGUGAUUCCCAUGAAUAUUAAGGGAUCAGCUAUUAAAAAGACACCCAAAUUUGUACCUCCAACAAUAACUUCUCCACCUGAAGUAAAAGAACCAGAAAAACCUACAGUCAAUUUUGUAUUGAUGACUAGGAAGGGUAAUAAACAGCAGUUCAAAAAUUUGGCGGUUCCUGUUACCUCUGAAUUGGCCCAGAAUCUUAAAGACAGAGAAGAAGCGGAAAGAAUGGAAAAACAACAUGUGAAGUUGCUUACAUUAAAUAUUAAUGAAAGGCAAGAGGAAGAAGAUUAUCAAGAAAUGCUGGCAUCUCAACAAAGACCAUCUGUGAUGAAUCUUAAUCGUGAUCGCCGUCAAAAAUAUCAUCACCCCAAAGGGGCUCCAGAUGUGGAUCUUAUUUUUGGAAACAAAUGACAAAGGUUCUUAUGAUUUUGCCAUUAAGGUGCUGCCUGAGUGUGAUCUUGAGUGGGUUCGUCUUUCCUCUGCCCCUUUCACCUGUGGAGGGAAGAGAACCGAACGCAUAGAUCGCACGCGAGGGAAGUUUUAUGAAGAAAAUUGUGAUAAAGUUGAACUUUUCCCCCCUUCAUUUCUAGUCUCCCUCCUGGUGUGAAGAUACCAAUGUACAAAAAUGCACUUUUUCUCGCCCACCAUUUUACAAGACGCUCAGAAAGCAUCUGAAAAUUGUGAUUUUUCUGUAAUUCAUAUUGUACAUUAAUUCAUAUGUAUGAUGUUUUUAAGAAAUAAAUUUUAUUUCUGGUACUGUU